GUCAGUAGAUGAGCACACAGCACUGGGAAAACACAUGCUCAUGAAUCCAUUUCUUUGCUUUCAGACUGUCAUCAAAGAGGGGAUGCUGACCAAACAGAACAAUUCAUUCCAGCGAUCAAAAAGGAGGUACUUUAAGCUUCGAGGGCGAACACUGUACUACGCAAAAACUGCCAAGUCGAUCAUAUUUGAUGAGGUGGACCUGACAGAUGCCAGUGUGGCUGAAUCCAGCACGAAAAACGUCAACAACAGCUUUACAGUCAUCACUCCAUGUAGGAAACUCAUCCUGUGUGCUGAUAACAGAAAAGAAAUGGAAGAUUGGAUUGCAGCACUGAAGACUGUCCAGAACAGGGAGCAUUUUGAGCCCAGCCAGUACAGCAUGGACCACUUCUCGGGGACGCACAACUGGUAUGCCUGCUCCCACGCGAGGCCGACCUACUGCAACGUGUGCCGUGAGGCUCUGUCUGGGGUCACGUCCCACGGACUGUCCUGUGAAGUGUGCAAAUUUAAGGCCCACAAGCGCUGUGCUGUGCGUGCGACCAGUAACUGCAAGUGGACCACGUUGGCCUCCAUCGGGAAGGACAUCAUUGAGGACGAGGACGGGAUCGCCAUGCCGCACCAGUGGCUGGAGGGGAACCUGCCCGUGAGUGCUAAGUGCACGGUGUGCGACAAGACGUGUGGCAGCGUGCUGCGCCUGCAGGACUGGCGCUGUCUCUGGUGCAAGGCCAUGGUGCACACGGCAUGUAAAGAGUCCUUGCUGACCAAGUGCCCGCUGGGCCUAUGCAAAGUGUCUGUCAUCCCACCCACCGCACUCAACAGCAUCGAUUCUGAUGGCUUCUGGAAGGCCACGUGUCCUCCGUCCUGCACGAGUCCAUUGUUGGUCUUUGUCAAUUCAAAAAGUGGGGACAACCAGGGUGUGAAGUUCCUCCGAAGAUUCAAGCAGCUACUGAACCCUGCCCAGGUCUUUGACCUCAUGAACGGAGGACCACAUCUUGGCUUACGCUUAUUCCAGAAGUUUGACACGUUCCGGAUUCUCGUUUGUGGUGGGGAUGGCAGUGUUGGUUGGGUCCUUUCUGAAAUCGACAGCCUCAACCUUCACAAACAGUGUCAGCUGGGAGUGCUGCCCCUUGGCACCGGGAAUGACCUGGCUCGCGUGCUGGGCUGGGGUUCGGCCUGUGAUGACGACACCCAGCUCCCGCAGAUCUUGGAGAAGCUGGAGAGAGCCAGCACCAAGAUGCUGGACAGGUGGAGCGUCAUGGCCUACGAGACCAAGCUGCCCCGGCCGGCCUCCUCUUCCACUGUCACAGAAGACUUGAGUGAGGGUUCCGAGGUGCAGCAGAUUCUCUUCUAUGAAGACUCGGUCGCGGCCCAUCUUUCUAAGAUCCUGACCUCCGACCAGCACUCGGUGGUGAUCUCAUCGGCCAAGGUGCUCUGCGAGACGGUGAAGGACUUCGUGGCUCGGGUGGGAAAAGCCUAUGAGAAGACCACCGAGAGCUCUGAGGAGUCGGAGGUCAUGGCCAAGAAGUGCUCUGUCCUGAAAGAGAAGCUGGAUUCACUCCUCAAGACCCUGGAUGACGAGUCCCAGGCCUCGUCCUCUCUGCCCACGCCACCGCCCACCAUCGCCGAGGAGGUGGAAGACGGGGAUGGGGCCGGCAGCGGCUGCGGCUCCAGUUCCACUGGGGACCGCCCCGUGGGGUCAGUGUGCCCGGCCCGACCGCAGAUCUUCCGUCCCCGGGAGCAGCUUAUGCUGAGAGCCAACAGCCUGAAGAAGGCGAUUCGUCAGAUCAUCGAACACACGGAGAAAGCUGUCGAUGAGCAGAACGCCCAGACCCAGGAGCAGGAGGGGUACGUGUUAGGUCUCUCUGAGUCGGAGGAGAAGAAGGACCUGAAGUCGGACGACAGAGUGGGCCGGGGCGAGAGCUACGGCGCUGCCAAGGGCAGGAGCCUCCGCAAAGUCCCCUGUGAAAAGCUGAUAAGCAAAGGAAGCUUGUCCCUGGGCGGUUCAGCCUCUCUUCCUCCACAGUCAGGAAACCGGGACGGCCUGCCAGCACUGAACACCAAGAUCCUUUUCCCGAGCGUUCGGGCCGGGAUGUCUGGUUCCUUGCCCGGAGGUUCAGUCAUCAGUCGCUUACUGAUUAACGCCGACCCCUUUAACUCUGAACCAGAGAACCUAGAGUAUUACACCGAGAAGUGCGUCAUGAACAACUAUUUCGGCAUCGGCCUGGAUGCGAAGAUCUCCCUGGACUUCAACAACAAGCGUGACGAGCACCCGGAGAAGUGCAGGAGUCGAACCAAGAACAUGAUGUGGUAUGGAGUCCUCGGCACCAGGGAGCUGCUGCACAGAACCUAUAAGAACCUGGAGCAGAAGGUCCUGCUGGAGUGUGAUGGACGGCCCAUCCCGCUGCCCAGUCUCCAGGGGAUCGCUGUGCUCAACAUUCCCAGCUACGCCGGGGGCACCAACUUCUGGGGGGGCACCAAGGAAGACGAUACCUUUGCAGCGCCGUCGUUCGACGACAAGAUCCUGGAGGUGGUCGCGGUGUUUGGCAGCAUGCAGAUGGCUGUCUCUCGCGUCAUUAGGCUGCAGCAUCACCGAAUCGCCCAGUGUCGCACAGUGAAGAUUUCCAUCCUGGGGGAUGAGGGCGUACCUGUGCAGGUGGAUGGAGAGGCCUGGAUCCAGCCCCCAGGGUACAUCCGGAUUAUCCACAAGAACCGGGCACAGACGCUCACCAGGGAUCGGGCCUUUGAGAACACCCUGAAGUCCUGGGAAGACAAACAGAAAUGUGAACUGCCUCGCCCUCCGUCUUUCUCUCUGCACCCGGAGAUCCUGUCCGAGGAGGAGGCCACCCAGAUGGACCAGUUUGGGCAGGCGGCGGGAGCCCUCAUCCACAGCAUCCGGGAGAUCGCACAGUCCCACCGAGACGUGGAGCAGGAGCUCGCCCACGCUGUCAACGCCAGCUCCAAGGCCAUGGACCGAGUGUACGGCAAGCCCAGGACCACAGAGGGGCUGAGCUGCAGCUUCGUCCUGGAGAUGGUGAAUAACGUCCGAGCUCUGCGCAGCGAGACGGAGCUGCUGCUGGCAGGGAAGCUGGCCCUGCAGUUGGAUCCCCCUCAGAAGGAGCGGCUUGCAGCUGCCCUCGCCGAGAUGGACCAGCAGCUCAGGAAGCUGGCGGACACCCCAUGGCUGUGCCAGCCCAUGGAGCCUGGUGAUGAGGAGAACGCGAUGCUGGAUCUUUCCAAGCGCAGCCGCAGUGGUAAAUUCCGCCUGGUGACCAAGUUUAAGAAGGAGAAGAACAACAAGAACAGAGAAGCCCGCAGCAGCCUGGGAGCCCCGGUUCACCUCUGGGGCACAGAGGAGGUUGCUGCCUGGCUGGAGCACCUCAGUCUCUGUGAGUAUAAGGACAUCUUCACGCGGCACGACAUCCGGGGCUCCGAGCUCCUGCACCUGGAGCGGAGGGACCUCAAGGACCUCGGCGUGACCAAGGUGGGCCACAUGAAGCGGAUCCUGUGUGGCAUCCGGGAGCUGAGCCGCGGCUCUCCUGCCGCCGAGGCCUAGCCUCCGCCCUC